ACCUUUGCCCCGAACUCGUCCCCGACCCGCGCGGCGCCAUCGCCAUGUGGCUGCGGCUGCUGCUGCUGCUCCCCGCCUGCUGGGCCGUGGAGAUCAAGCGGCCCCGGGGCGUGUCGCUGUCCCAUCAUCAUUUUUACGAGGAGUCCAAACCUUUCACCUGUCUGGACGGCUCGGCCACCAUCCCCUUCGACCAGGUGAACGAUGACUACUGUGACUGCGGGGACGGCUCUGACGAGCCAGGCACCCCCGCCUGUCCUAACGGCAGCUUCCACUGCGCCAACGCCGGCUACCGACCGCUGUUCAUCUCCACCCGCUGGGUCAACGACGGCGUGUGCGACUGCUGUGACGGGACCGACGAGUACAACAGCGGCGUGGUGUGUGAGAACACCUGCAAAGAGAAGGGUCAGAAGGAGCGAGAGACGCUGCAGCAGAUGGCCGAGGUUACCCGCGAGGGCUUCCGCUUGAAGAAGAUGCUCAUUGAGAACUGGCAGAAGGCCCGGGAGGAGAAGCAGAAAAAACUCUUGGAGCUUCAGGACGGGAGGAAGUCGCUGGAGGAGCAGAUGGAGGCACUGCGGGCCGCCAAGGACGAGGCGGAGAGGCCAGAGAAGGAGGCCAAGGAGAGACACCGCAGGCUCUGGGAAGAGCAGCAGGCAGCAGCCAAGGCCCUGCGGGAGCGGGAGCUGGCAGACUUGGCCUUCCAGGAGCUGGACGAUGACGGCGAUGGGCUGGUCUCCGUGGCCGAGCUGCAGACACACCCUGAGCUGGACACAGACGCGGACGGGGUGCUCUCGGCCGGGGAAGCCCAGACGCUCCUGGGCGGGGAUCCGAGCACCGACGCGGCCGGCUUCUUCCAGCACGUGUGGGCCAGGCUGCAGGACAAGUACCGUUCCGAGGCCCUGCCCCCUGAGGUGCCGGCGCCCCCCGAGGCUGAACCCCAGGAGGAGCACGCCCCGCGCCCCGAGGAAGGUGGGGAGGAGGAGGAGGAGGAGGAGGAAGAGGAGCAGGAGGAGCAGGAAGACGACCAGGCUGACUCCCAGGAGACUCCACCCCCGCUGGCGCCCCCGCAGCCCGCCAGCCCCCCAGAGGAGGAUAAGAUGCCCCCCUACGACAAGCAGACCCAGGCCUUCAUCGACGCUGCCCAAGAGGCUCGCAGCAAGUUUGAAGAGUCGGAACGAUCGUUGAAGGACAUGGAGGAGUCCAUCAGGAACCUGGAGCAAGAGAUCUCUUUCGACUUCGGCCCCCAGGGCGAGUUCGCCUACCUGUACAGCGAGUGCUAUGAGCUCACCACCAAUGAGUACGUGUACCGCCUCUGCCCGUUCAAGAUGGUCUCACAGAAGCCCAAGCACGGCGGCUCGGCCACCAGCCUCGGCACCUGGGGCUCGUGGGCGGGGCCGGAGAGUGACAAGUUCAGCGCCAUGAAGUACGAGCAGGGCACGGGCUGCUGGCAGGGCCCCAACCGCUCCACCACGGUGCGCCUUCUGUGCGGCAAGGAGACGCAGGUGCGCAGCACGACCGAGCCCAGCCGCUGCGAGUACCUCAUGGAGCUCAGCACGCCCGCCGCCUGCCCCGAGCCCCCCGCCCGGCCGCCCGGGGACCACGACGAGCUCUGAUUGGCCGCCGCCGCCGGUGGGCGGGGCCUCCAGACGGGGGGGGGGGGAGCCCGGGGGGCUCAAGGAGCGUUUUCGGGGUCCCCAUCCGUCCCCGUGGGGAGGUGACUUGACCUCUGACCUCGCGGUAAUAAAUGUCCCCACCACCA